AUGUCAAUGCCAAAAUGUGAAAUCUGUAAUGACGACUAUUCAAGCGAAGAUGGAGAUCACUCUCCGCGAAAUCUAAAGUGUUCACACACGUUAUGUGAAGGUUGCAUCAAAAAAAUGUUAGGUAAUAGCAAAAUUGUAUGCCCAUUUUGUCGCGAGCCAACCGAUAUGCCGGGAAACAAGAUGGAAAGUUUGCACAAGAACUUUGCAUUGAUUCAAGCGAUUCAACUAUUCGCAAAAACCACUAAGAUAACAGAAGUAGAGGAGCCAAUGUUGGAAAAGUGCAAACAUCACCCUGAUUACUUGGUGGAAACCGUAUGCGUGGAAGAGGAUUGUUCCGAAUCGGGAAAAUACAUGUGCCGCAAAUGUGUAUCGACUCUAUCUCAUUUGCAUCAUACGAAAAAAUCGUUGAUUGCGGAAAUGGAAAAAUCACGCGAAUUGCUUCAGGGGAGGAUAAAUCGCUUGAAUAAGACAAUAGGCGAGAUUGAUCAAGAUGUUCGAAAGCUCAGGAUGUCACAAAUUGCGUUUCGCGAAGGUGGAAAUAAUUACCAACAAAAAGCAAAUGAGAUAACUACUUUUUACUCCAGAAUUCGUGAAAUGGUUAAUGAACGUGAAAAGGAGGCACUCGUCAAAUUAAAGGAAGUGGCAAAGUCAAUUUUGGAUGAAAAUGAUAGUGCAUUACCUCCGCUGUUAAGAUCUCACCAAAAGUUAACUGAAUAUGUUCGUAAAGCAACUGAGGCAAAGAAAAGGAACAACGCAAUAGCAUGUAUAACAGCAGCAGAGGAUUUGCUAAACAAAACAAAAGAUUGUUGUGAUGAAGAAUAUUAUACAAUCGAAUCACAGGAUAUUAAUGUAUGCAUCAAACCAAUUGAUAUUCCAGUGGCAACAAUAACCCGAAAGUAG